UCAAAGGUAGGCCUUUAGGGCACACUGAAAUGGUGUGGCUUCAGUGGAAGGAGUUACAACAAGCACAAACGAUGUCCCAUACAACUGGCCGGACGACCUUUGCACUGGUUAAACACAAUCUAAGGAAGAAGAAUCCUGAUGGUGCAGAACCUUCUAGAAUUCAAAUGCAUAAGGUUACCCACACAAGGAAAGAUGAUAAAAUAGUAGAUGAAGCAUCAAGAGAAAUCAUACUGACAAUUGAGGAUAUUGCAGAGGCUGACCCAUAUUUAGGCAAUCUAUUUGGCAGGUACUUGCAUGGAUUUUGUCCUCCACUUAUAUCCUCUGAUGAUGAUGCAAAGUACGACUUGGGGAUUGAAUAACUACCGUGAUGUGUGAACAUUUAUUUUGAAAAACUUAUUAUGUUACUGUUAGCAUGUGAGCUAUAGAUAUUUUUUUUUUUUUAAAUUGAUUAUCGUCUAUGGAUAUUGGAUUUUUUUAUCUUCAAGAUGACAAUCUAGUUUGUUACAUGCUUUUUUCCAACUUAACUUUUGUAGGAAAUGGAUAACCUUUUAUUAGAUUCUUGUGUAUGGUCGUGUGAAAAUCUAUUAAUUUUUUUUUGGAUGAAUAAA